AUGGAUGACGACGACCAGACCUCGUCGGAGUGGUCUCCGGUGAUCUCCACCGCGGCGUUCGCGGCGUUGCAGGUGGAGCGUGCUGGACAAACCAACGCUGUCGGCGUGGGUGUCUCAAGGCAGCCGGCGUGA